AUGGCUCCUAGGAACAAAGGGAAGCAACUCUGCAAGAGGAAACUCCCAAGGCAAGGCGGAUUUCCUCAAGGUAAUUCUCAUGACCGCAAGACUAAGACUGGGGUACAGAGAUAUUCAAGUCGACGAUCAUUUGUCAGGCCGAAUUCAACAGAUCAUGACCUGGUCACCAAGCCAAGUCUGGACAGCCAGUCCUACCAAACUCCUAACUGUGAUGAAUUGGGUGAGACUAGUACAUGUAAACUUCGUACUUCCCUCAUGGAUCACCCAGGUAGUAAUACUACUCAUGUGUAUGAAGUCAGUAAAAAUGUCCCCAGAAUUCCACAAUUUUCAGGGGAUGACCCUCCUCAGAAGGGGGAUGUGUCCUAUAAAGAGUGGCGUUAUGAGGUACAGUGCCUGCUUGGUGACCCUGAUAUUAAAGAAAGUUUAUUGAUACAAAGUAUCCGACGCUCGUUAAGGGGAACAGCAAAAACAAUGCUGAUACCGCUCGGUGAGAGAGCUAAUGUUCAGAAAAUACUGUCAAAGUUAGACAUUUUGUUUGGUGAAAUUUCAACCAAUGGCAUGAUUAUGCAAGAAUUUUUCAGUACAUGUCAAUUACCUGGUGAGUGUGUAACUUCAUUUGGUUGUAGUUUGGAAACAAUGUUACAAAAUGCUAUUGACAGUGGUUACAUGGAUCAAGCAUCCAAAAAUGAUUUGCUUAGACACCAGUUUUGGACUUCUUUAAGUUCAGAAAAAUUAAAAUGGCAAACCAGCCACAAAUAUGAUUCUAUCAAGAAUUAUGAUAAGUUGUUGCUUGAAAUAAGGCGUGUGGAGAAGGAGAUUUCAAUCAGCAGCCGGACAGAGAAGAAGCCUGUACAUCAGCACUGGAUGUCAGCAGGGGAUGGUGACAUGGAAACAAAGCUCAGCAAAAGAAUGGAUGAGUUAGAGCAGAAACUUGAAGGUAAGAUUGAAGACAAGUUCAACAAAAUAUUGGAGAGACUAGAAGGAAAUAUGUCAGGUAACCAGAGGUUUUCUGAGAAUGGUCAAGGAAGAGGUGGUUACAGUAAGAGCAAAGGUUCCAUAUAUGAAUUUAGAGGUAUUUGUCCCUGUAUUGAUAGUACAAGACACAGAGUUCAACAAAAACUGCCCUGUAAUUAUAGGUACCAAUGUACUUAG